GGCCCUCUACACACGGCAGCAUCACAUGUGGCUGGAUCGGCGGAAAGAGCAAAGCUCGGUGGCGGCGGCGGCUUUGCCUUCCGCGGCGCAUAAUAUGCCGAGAGAUUGCUCAUCCGGAAAUCGGUGCUGCUCCGACUGACGAGCGAAAAGCGGUGCGUUUGUCCUCUUGUCCGGCGGUGCAUUCGACUGGCCCAAUAGCUGAUACAGAAAAAAAAAAUACAACGUGAGCGGUGCUGAAAAAUAGCCAUGAGUGACAGAAGCUACGUGCCAUGGGCACGCAAGGUGGAGGACAACAAUCAACUUCAAGGCAAUACCAAUAACGCAGCAACGCCAAAUGAGACUCCUCCCGAGGCUUCGGAUGAUAAAACUGAAUCCGCGGAACGCUUGUCCAGCCGGUAUGGAGCUUAUUCCUCCGAUUUCAGUUCCUAUAGACCUUCUAAUUAUAAGCCGAAUAUCAGCACAUCCUCCUACACCCCCACAAGCAGAGAGCGGUCUGUGUCGAGAGAUCAGUACGGAUCAACUUCCGCAUCAAAAGCUCCCUCUUCGUAUAGAACCUUUGGCAGGUCUGCGAGCACUUUGACCGAAAAAGACUUGCCCGAAUCAGAUGUGUUUAAGAGACAAUCCUCGUACGGCGGAUUUAGCUACUUAGGCGCCGGGCCGCACAAAACAAUCGGGCCUUCGUCCUUUCUAGACAGAAGCCGCCCUUUGGCUUCGUCAGCUUUGAACAAGUUUUCAACGGCGCCCUCCUCGCUCUCGCGGCCGUACACUUCCUCGACGGAAAAUGUUGAAGCGGAAAGCAGCUCUACUAGCGGCAGAUACACGUACAGGACUCGGCCACAACCUCUUUUGAAAAAAUUAGACAUUCCACCUCCGAGCUCAACCUCCAAACCGGAAUCACCAGCCGCUCUCUCACCUGGCAUCCAGUCGAAACCAUUCACUGAAAAUUUACCUGAGAAAAUAAUCCCAGCACCUGAGGAAGAAAAAAUUAUUACUUACAUAAAUGUCACCACCAGAGGCACCUCACCUAGCCUCCCAAGUGGUUAUAUUCCAAGAACAAGGCGAUAUGAGUUGUCUCGCGAAAUAAUGAAGGAUGUGCGAAAGCCGCCAAAAGUUCCCACCGCCGAUUCAAGCACUCAAACUGAUUCUGCCACUCAACCUGACAGCCCAGAAAAAUUGUCUCGAUCUUCUAGAUUUACUUCAACCCCUUGGACGGCUUAUGCUUCUACGGGUUCGACUUUUACACCAACAGGCUUGCGGUACGUUUCAAAAUUUGAGCCUGCUAAAACCUAUUCUCCGAGCUACAAUAGAUAUGACAGGGAGAGUUCAGUCUCCAGCAAGUCUUACUUAAGUCCAAGAACUAGCUCGCUUGAAAACUCAAAUAAACCAACUCCUGUGGCUAGAACUUUGUCAAACAAAUCUGACGACGAUCCCACCUCAAAAUCUUACCGGCCUUUGUUCAGUUUGAGCACGAGAGCGUCUGCUAGUCCUGCCAGAAGGACUUCACCUGCAAAAACUGCAGCAAAAAAGUCACCCUCUCCUGAAAAGCAAGCAGUGCCUCGUGGGAGAUCAACUCCUGAAAAACAGAAUAAUUCUAAAUUUAAUUUAAAUAAUUCAACAGACUGUGAUCAAAAUCAGCGUCAAGCAAAAAUUUCUCCGAGGGAAAAGACGCCUGUCAGAUCUGUGACUCCGGCUAAAAAUAAGUCACCAUCGCCAGAAAAGGCAAUUAAGAGAGUUCAAUCACCGGAAGUAAAAACUGCACUUCCUAUUAGUUAUUCAAGAUUAAAUUCACAAGUCUCGGCAAAAAAAUCAUUAUCACCUGAAAAGGCAAUUAUGAGAGAGAAAACACCGGAAAUAAAAACUGCACCUCCUCUUAAUUAUACAAAAUUAAACUCGCCAGUAAUGCAAAAAAAGUCACCAUCACCGGAAAAGCCUUGCAGCAGUGGUAGUAAAGGGGUUGCUCAAAUAAAUAAAAAAGCAAUUGAAAGAGAGCCGUCAGUUGAGAAACGCCAAGUUUCAGUUCGAAGGGGGUCAAAUAGUUCUCCUUCUCCAUCUUUAUUAAGGCGAUCGUCAUCACAAAAAACUCCAACGAAAAAAUCACCUUCACCUGAAAAAUCACCUACCCCUGAAAAAUCAACUUCAGAGAAAAGCAAAAGAGAACAGAAUGAAUUAUUUAGAGAAGCGGAAACAUUAAACAUUUCAAAUAGAAUGCCUUCCGAAAGGACUUCGCCAACAAAGUUAAUUGCUCCGCCAAGGUCGCCAAGAAAAUUGUCCCCUGAAAAAGUUCCUUCAAGAGCACAUUCCUUUUCAAAAUCCCCAGAAAAGUCUGUCUCAAAUUUGAGCCUAAAUCGCAAUUCAACGUCACCUGAAAAAAGAGUUAACAGUCCUAGCAUAAUUGGAAUGAAAAAGCAAAAAUCUCCACCUACACUUCUGAAUAGUUCAUCUUCCAGCAAUAUGAAAUUAGCAAUGGAAAUUUACUCACCGAACUUGGAGCAGCCACAACCAACAAGCAAAAAGCCGCCAGUCUCUCCAUCGAAAUCGGAGCAUAAACUUUCAAGUGCUUCUUCCACGAAAAGCAAUAAAAGAUCAAUAAAAACGUCCCUUUCUCUGAAUGCUCUGAAGCAAAAAAUUACAAAGGAAAAGAAAUUUUCUCCGAGUGAAAACUGUCAAUCAGGGCAGCAAAGAUCGGCCUCCGAAGGUAAAAUUCCAUCAGAAAAUAACUUAAAACCGGCUCCUCUCCAACACGCUCUCGCAUUUCCAUCUUUGCAUUCGCUCGAUAGUUCGAAAAUUUGCAAAGCUUCGUCUAAAAGUGAUAUUUCUUCAAAAGAGCCAAUGUCACGAACCGCCUCAACUGGGGAAAUUCCUAUUGUCUCUCUACCCAGAAUUCCAACUGACCCUCGUUUAGCAAACGCAGCACAUCUAGCGCGACCUAAAUCUGUUACUCAAUUUAUUAGAAUAAGCAGAUCUUCAAGUAAUUGUGAAAGUUCAACAGAAAGUAGCACUGAAAGUAGCGAAGAAUCUGAACACGAUCCUCCGAAACCACUUAACAAUAGCAAAGGAAACAUCAGUGGCAGUAAACCCGAUUUAGCCGCGCUUGCAAGAAGUCAAAGCGGGCUCAAGCCCCUUUCUCGGAACGUUUCAGGCACCUCUGAAGAGCCAUCAACAAACUUGCCUGCAGACGAGUCACCGAUUUCUCCACAAAUCAAAUCUAAAGAAAAUGGUUCAAAAAAUGCAGCGUCCUUCCUUAUGCGCGCUUUAGCUCCUAUGACGAAUCUUUUCUUUCCAAAAAGUAAAGAAGAAAAAUCGCACAAUAAUUCUGAAAGUGACAGAAUGGACACGUCUCAGUCAAUAUCCGAACUGCCACUGGAUAGAACUGAAAAUGAUGCAGGUUCUGAAUUGAAUGUGACCACUGCUGAUGACCAAAUACUAGACAACGAGCAAAGUUUGAGCCAGCCCAAAGUGCCUAUGCGAUCAAAGUCUCAAUGCAUAGAUUGGUGGUUAGAUGAAAAUGAGAAAAACCAGGAGGAUAAGGCUGAAGGUGAAGGUGGGCAGGGAAAAGUUAGACCAGUGUCUAGUGGUUUCAAGCCUAAUUGGCUGGGUAGCAUUGAAAAUUUGGCACCUCCGAAAAGCCCUACUGACGAUUCUAGUGAUAAACUUCCAGUGAGGAAAGUUUUCCAAUCAUCUUCAGGUGUCAACACACUGUCUUGGUGCUUGGACACUCCUGAGGACAUUUCAGAUACCAGCUCAGAAGAAAGUGAAAGUGAGGAAUCUAGUGAAGAAUCUGGAGAGGAGCAGGAUAAGCCGAAACUCAAUGAGCUCAAGCGAUCUAACGUAUUUCAUAUCAAGCAAGAUGCCUCCGGUGUUAAAGUUUUGGCACUUGACUGCAAACUGAAAGAAGAACUUGCACGUGUUGAUAGUACAAUGUCAAUAAGCAGUGGUUCUAAGGAAAACUUUAGCAAUUCCAAGCACCAGUCGCAAAUUUUACAAGACAGUUCGUGGUGGAUGCAAUGGAAUUCAGAAUUUCCAGAUGCAGUUUUAAAAUCGCAGUCUCACAAGUCAGUGCUUGACGAUGACCAUUCUCCUCAAAUUAUAGAAGAGCAACCACUGCAAUGCAGUUUUAAAGUGCAGUGGGUUCAAGAUUCUGAAUCUAAUCCACCUCUUCAACAAUCAACUAGUUCAAAAUCCGUCACUUCAGAGUGGGCCAGAAAAUAUAAAAUUAAGCAUUCGGGCAGCAGAUCUAAAGUAAAAAGAAACAAUAGUGACGUUGUCAUUUCAAAAUCUAAGAACAGCGAAUUGCUCUCUGGAAAAAGUCCAGACUUGCUUUCGCCAGGAAAAGUAACAAACAGUCAAAGUGGAGAUCAACUCUGGCCAGCACAUGGAAUGGAAAAAUUGCUCGGUUCUUCAGGUCGUGUUCCGAGCAGAAGCAGCUCUGUCAGGUCGGUCAGGUCAAAAGAUGGCUCAGAGAGGCGAUUUAAAAUUCGCCACAUAGAAAGUGGUGAAAAGGCCUGGUGGAUGAUGAGCAACGAAAAUGUGCCUGAGGGCAUUCCAAGGGCUGAAAGUAUCACGUUUAACUUGGAAAAAAGUGGAAGCAGAAGUCGAGCUUCACAGGUGAGCAUAAACACGGUGGGUAGCAGUGAAGGUGGUGUGAAAAGGUCAGCAAGCACAAGACUGCGAAAUAUCAAGCGAAUAGAAUCCGGAGAGCGAGCUUGGUGGAUGGUCGACGACGAAGAUGCAGUUCCUGAAGGAAUCACUCGUCUCCCAAGUGACCAAUGUUUAAUUGAAGAGCCUCAAGUGGACGGAAGUGAGGCGGUCGCUUCAACAGAAUCUGAAAGUGGCCUAAAAAGAUCAGUUAGCAUUACUUCCAAGCUAAAAAGCCUCAAGAGAAUUGAGUCAGGGGAGCGACCUUGGUGGUUGGAAGAAAAUCCUGAUAGUGUGCCUGAAGGGGUCACUUGCCUCACUCCGAGUGACAGGUCUGAAGAAGAAGAAGAGGCAGAAGAGGCUGAUAAACCAAAUUGGGGUUUGAGGGAGGCCAAUGCAAAUGAUAUGGCCUGGUGGACUGACAAAAGUGCAACAGAGGCUCCCAAAGGUGAGCAAACUUCCUCCAGUGAGUCUGACGAAGAUUCAGAGGAUGACGAUGACGAGCUAGAGGAACUCGAAGCGAAACUUCGGUCACCCAGGAUUUCCACCCUUGGAGAUCGAACUAGCCCUGAUGGCUUGGAAAUGCCAGUAAGUCUGGCUGGUUGCUGGCAAAAUCUUCACGAAGGAGACUCUUCAGGUGAGGACGACUGGCUUGGCGUUAAAGUCUUCAUAGGCGACACCACCAAUAUUGACGACCUUCUUGGCGAGGAGCGGCCGCAGGUCUCGGGAGCGUCCGAGGCAGAAUCCAAAGCCGAAGUUGUUUCUGAGGAGAGUAAAGAAAAAGAAGAAAUUAAAGUGGCGACCAAAUCGUCUAGCGAAGAUGGAAGUAGCGAUGAAAGUGAUGACGCAGAGCAAGUCUCAAAAGAUUCUGACAGUGUUAGUCUGGAAGAGAAAUUACGAGAACAGCCGGCUGAAACUCCUGAUGAAAACAAAACUGACGAAUCUGCCGCAAACGACAAGUUGGAUGAUGCAGCGCUUCAGAUACAAAAAGACGGCGAGUUCGGCGCCUACCUUGACCUGGAUGCGUCCAUCAGCGAGCAGCACGAAGAGUUUGAUGGGCUUAAACUUAGCCGAAAGAACUCAAUUGUACUCAGGACUCAGCUCUCUGUUCGUGUUCACACGAUAAUAGAAAAACUACAAAAUUCAGAAGGCAGAGAAUUGCAAAGGGCUCUAUUUUCACUAAAGCAAAUCUUUCAGGAAGACAAAGAUUUGGUCCAUGAAUUUGUACAAAAUGAGGGCCUGGCCUGUCUGGUCAAGGUUGGCUCCGAGGCUGACCAAAACUACCAGAACUAUAUUCUACGAGCGCUGGGACAGGUGAUGCUUUACGUGGACGGCAUGAACGGCGUGAUGGAAAACACGGACACCGUCCAGUGGCUCUACUCACUGAUUGCAAGCAAGUUCCGACUUGUGGUCAAAACCGCCCUGAAGCUCCUGCUGGUGUUCAUUGAAUACAAAGAAUCCAACUGCAAAAUUCUGGCCAGCGCCAUCAGGGCCGAAGACAUUCCAGCAGGAGAAACGCCAUGGCACAAUGUGAUGAGACUUUUGGGUGGUUAUGACACGUCAGACACAGAGUUGCUGCUGUACGCGUGCACUCUCCUGAACAAAACCCUGAAUGGUUUGACUGACCGGGGUAUUUAUUAUGACCAAGUUGACGCGGUUGAAGCUCAGGGAAUGAAGGAAAUUGUCGAAAAGUACAUGUCAAGACAGGGCACCGACCUUGACCUCCUGAGGCAGUUCAAAAUUUACGAGGCUGUGCUUAGUUUUGAAGAUGGGGACGAAGACGGAGAAUCUGCUUCCAUUAUUAUGAUUGACGAAGCUUUAAGAAAAUCACUUCGAAAUCGGAAGAUUUGCUCUGAAGACUCGCCAAGUAUUGAACGCAAAUCUCGUCGCUGGCUCAACAAUUACAACAACAAUCGCAUCAUGAACCAACAAUUGAUUGUGACCAUUGACCCUGACGAUGACGACUACACCUCCAGUUCAAGAUCGUCGCCUUCCAUCGGCGACUUGGAAUUCAUUGUUGGCAACUAUGAAAAUCACAACACUGCUGUUCCUGACAUCACGCCAGGACUGAAGAGGAGGCGUGAGCGAGCCGAGAGGCACCGCAGCCUGAGGGAGCAGCAGGAGUCGAUCCUGCGCAGCCUCGGCAAAGGUGACGAUGAGGUUGGCCUGAGGAAGAGUCAAAGUGGCGGCGAGCAGGACUCGGAGUCCAACCAUGUCAGCCGAAGCCACAGCAGGCAGGACAUCAUCAUGAACGCCGUCAACCAAAUAGAAUCCGAGCUGAAGGACAGCAACGGCGUUCCCCUCAGCAGGGAAAACACCGUCAAGGACAUUACUCAGAAGCUGGCGGGCCAAAUCAACGUGAGCAGUCCCACGGAGGAGCAGAAGGUGGCGCGCCUCGGGGACAUGUCAGGACUGAUCUCCAAGGCCAUGGAAGGACUGAACAAAUCAAAAGCAGAGGUUAAGACUGAAGUGAAAGCAGCUCCGCCCGAGCCGAAAAAGUCAGAAGUUGAUCUGCAGUGGGAGAAAAUCACGGAAAACGUCGACCGACCUUUGGCCCUCUGCGACCUCGACUUCACCGACCUGAACAGUGAAGACGAGGUUGACAUCCUUGCCCCCAGUGUCCAUUCAAACGGCAUACCGCCCCCACCGCCCCCGCUGAUCGUGCCGCCCCCGGCAAUGGUGCCCGCCUCCGGAAUGCCACCUCCGGGCAUGUUCCCGCCGCCGCCCCCAGGGUCAGCGGGUGCCCUGAUGCUGUCCCCCUCCCCAGGAGGCGUGUCUGCAGACAUUCCAGACGCAAAUCUCUCGGAAAAGUUGGCCAAGAAGAGCAAGAAGACGGUGAAGCUGUUUUGGAAGGAGGUGCGCGACGACCCCCUGAUUGUGGCCAAGCUGCAGAAAAGUGGCAUCAGCCUGAUUUGGGACGAGCUCAGCCCUGUGUUUGUUGACACUCAGAAACUGGAACACCUUUUCGAGUCCAGAGCAAAAGACAUCACGCCCAAGAAACAACAAGAUAUGAACAAAAGCAAAGAGAUCAUUGUGCUGGAUUCGAAGCGUUCCAACGCAAUCAACAUUGGCAUGACGAAAUUGCCGCCGCCGAGGGCGAUCAAAAGUGCGAUUCUAAACAUGGACACAAAUGUCAUGAAUCGCGAGGGAAUCGAGAAACUGUUUACUAUGCUGCCAACGGAGGACGAGAGGAACCGCAUUCAGGAGGCGCAGGUGGCCCAUCCAGAUUUACCCCUCGGCAACGCCGAGCAAUUCCUCCUUACUUUGGCUUCCAUCACCGAACUCCCUGCCAGACUCAAACUGUGGGCCUUCAAAUUGGAUUACGAGAAUGUUGAAAAGGAAAUAGCGGAGCCUGUGAUGGAUCUGAAGCAAGGCAUGGAGAUCCUCAAGUGCAACAGAACUUUCCGCUGCAUCCUGAGCACCCUUUUGUCCAUUGGCAUUUUCCUGAACGGCGCCGAAGUCAGAGGAUUCCAGAUCGAGUACUUGGCCAAAGUGCCAGAGGUCAAAGACACCGUCCACAAACACUCUCUGCUGCACCACCUCUGUCACAUGGUGAUGGAAAAGUUCCCAGAUGCAACAGAUCUUUACUCUGAGAUUGGAGCAAUUAACAGAGCGUCAAAGGUGGACUUUGACGAGAUAAAGCAGAAUAUUAAGCGCCUCGAGACUGAAUGUAAAGCGUCUUGGGAGCAUUUGAAAUUGAUUGCCAAGCACGACGGAUCCAACACCAACACCAAGAGCAGUGCUUCCAGGACGUCUGAUUUCUUAACCGACUGCGCUCAGCGGAUCACGGUGCUGAAGACUGUUCACCGGCGAAUAAUGAACCGCUACUCAAAGUUCCUACUUUGGCUGGGCACCCCGGCCAACAAAAUCCAUGAAACUAAACCCAACGAGUUCUGCCGCAUUCUCUCCGAGUUCGCACUCGAGUACCGCACCACUAGAGAGAGGGUGAUUCAGCAAAUGGAGAAAAAGGCCAACCACAGGGAGCGGAACAAGACCCGGGGCAGGAUGAUUACAGAGGAGGACAACGAUGUUUCCCUGAUAACCCGAGAUCUACUCGGCCAUGGAUGCGGGACUGGCCGCUGGCCGCCGCUGAAUGGCAACCUCAAUAAAAUGAGCAAAUUCCGCCCGAAGGAGGAAAGUAAGAAGGAUGAUCAACUGAGGCAGCUCCUAGGAAACGAUUUGACGGACUCGGAGAGCGCCUGGAGAAGGCAGAGACGAGAUUUUGAUCGAACGCGGUCGGAGUUGGUGCAGAGCAAGGACGAGCAUUACAGUGAUGAUGACGAGAUCCUCAAUAGUUUAGUGAAAACGGCGACCAAGAGUCGAGCAAACAGGGCUAAUCCACGCGAGCGGAAGAGGAUAUUACAGGCAGAUCGAAAAUCCUCGCUGCUGAACCGGUCACGUUCAACAACUAGGGGCGAGUACAGGCCCCCUCUGUAGACUGACUUAUCUCUCUUUAUGUCAAGCUAUCUGCAGCAUUGAUUGAUACUUUACUUCUUAAAAACUAUGCAAAUCUAAUCAACGGAUAUACAAUUCACGAAAACAAAGUCUAUUAUACAAAUCUUGUUUUUUUAAAUAAAUUUUAACUGUAUAACACGA